AUGUCUACUAGGAAAAAUAUUGUCAGCAGCAUGCUACUGUUUGAUGAAAAAGAAAGCUUCCUUUCACAGGUGUUGGAUGGACUGUUGGCUCAGUGUGGGACAGUGGAGAAUGUGGAACAAGUCAACACAGAUGCAGAGACUGCUGUUGUCAAUGUCACCUAUGCAACAAGAGAAGAAGCAAAAAUAGCCAUUGAGAAGUUAAGUGGGCAUCAGUUUGAGAACUACUCCUUCAAGAUUUCCUACAUCCCGGAUGAAGAGGUGAGCUCCCCUUCGCCCCCUCAGCGAGCCCAGCGUGGGGACCACUCUUCCCGGGAGCAAAGCCAUGCCCCUGGGAGCUCUUCUCAGGCCAGACAGAUUGAUUUCCCGCUGCGGAUCCUGGUCCCCACCCAGUUUGUUGGUGCCAUCAUCGGAAAGGAGGGCUUGACCAUAAAGAACAUCACUAAGCAGACCCAGUCCCGGGUAGACAUCCACAGAAAGGAGAACUCUGGGGCUGCAGAGAAGCCUGUCACCAUCCAUGCCACCCCAGAAGGGACAUCUGAAGCAUGCCGCAUGAUUCUUGAAAUUAUGCAGAAAGAGGCUGGUGAAACAAAACUUGCUGAAGAGAUUCCUCUGAAAAUCUUGGCCCACAAUGGCUUGGUUGGAAGACUGAUUGGCAAAGAAGGGAGAAAUUUGAAGAAAAUUGAACAUGAGACAGGGACCAAGAUAACAAUCUCAUCCUUGCAGGAUUUGAGCAUAUACAACCCCGAAAGAACCAUCACUGUGAAGGGCACAGUUGAAGCUUGUGCCAGUGCCGAAAUAGAGAUUAUGAAGAAGCUGCGGGAGGCCUUUGAAAACGAUAUGCUGGCUGUUAAUCAACAAGCGAAUCUAAUCCCCGGGUUGAACCUCAGUGCACUUGGCAUCUUUUCAACAGGACUGUCUGUGCUGCCUCCACCAGCAGGGCCCCGUGGAGUUCCCCCCACUGCCCCCUACCACCCCUUCGCCACCCACUCCGGCUACUUCUCCAGUCUGUACUCUCGUCACCCGUUCAGCCCGUUCCCGCAUCAUCACUCAUAUCCAGAGCAGGAGAUUGUGAAUCUCUUCAUCCCAACCCAGGCUGUGGGUGCCAUCAUCGGGAAGAAAGGGGCACACAUCAAACAGCUGGCUCGAUUUGCUGGAGCCUCUAUCAAGAUUGCCCCAGCAGAAGGCCCAGAUGUCAGUGAAAGGAUGGUCAUCAUCACCGGGCCACCUGAAGCCCAGUUCAAGGCCCAGGGACGGAUCUUUGGGAAACUGAAAGAAGAAAACUUCUUUAACCCCAAAGAAGAGGUGAAGCUAGAAGCCCACAUCCGAGUGCCCUCGUCUACAGCUGGCCGGGUGAUUGGCAAAGGGGGCAGAACCGUGAACGAGCUACAGAACUUGACCAGUGCAGAAGUCAUUGUGCCUCGGGACCAAACGCCAGAUGAGAAUGAAGAAGUGAUUGUCAGAAUUAUCGGGCAUUUUUUUGCUAGCCAGACUGCACAACGAAAGAUCAGGGAAAUUGUACAAGAAGUGAGCCAGCAGGAGCAGAAAUACCCUCAGGGAGUCGCCUCACAUCGCAGCAAGUGAGGCUUCCCCAGGCACCAGCAAGUAAUGGAUGAAUGUAGCCCUCCCAACAUCAGAAAGAUGCGACCAGACCCAGCCAACAGAUUGGGAGCAAACCAAAGACCAUCCUGAGGAGGAAGAACUCUGCAGAGACAGCCAGGGCCUGCAGACCCCUGCAUGUCCUGCCGCUGAGGAGGGCACAGGGAAGGCCGGGUUCCCAGAAACCAGAACCUGCUUCCCCCCACCUCUUCCCUGGCUUCUGCAGGCUUCCCAGCCAUUCACUGCCCAUCCAUCCAGAUUUCCCCACCUCCCACGAUGCUAUCCCUUCUAGUUGAACUAACAUAGGUGAAUGUGUUCAAAGCAAAGUUGACACCCUUUUCUUUGUUGUGGAAGGCUAUCUCUGUACAUGUCUGUACAUAUUAGAAGGGGAAAGAUGCUAAGGUAUGUGGCCUGUGGGUUAUACAGGGUGCCUGCAGCAUUAAUAUAUUUUAGAAAUAAUAUAUCAAAUAACUAACUCCAAUUCUUACUCAGUUAUUUUGUUUUCUUUUUGAAGAGAAAGCAGGUUUUUCUAGAUUUCAAAGAAUAAAGUCUUAGGGGCGGUCUACUGGUAAAGAAAGGAACUUUGGAGCCACACAAAAUUCAUAUGGAGGGAAUUGUGUCAAGAACAUGUGCAGCAGUUAUGGAUCACCUGUGUCUGUCAACAGAAGGGAUACCGUCCUUGAGGGGGGCCUUAGUCCCUCUUCAUCCUAUCUAGCCCACACACCCAUUUCUCUGCUUCACAGGUUUUAAACUGGUUUUUGCAUACUGCUAUAUAUUUCUGUCUUUCUAUCCCCCUCCUCCCCACGCCCCUUCUCCUUCCCUGACCCUUGAUUCUUUUGAAUUCCCUCAUCCCUAUCUUGGUCUUCCCAUAUGUAUGCAACCCCCACCCAGGCAAAGCAGUGCUCUGAAUAUCACAUCACAUAAGGAACAAAUGCGAAACACACAAACCAGCCUCAUCUUACACUUGGUCACUCGAAGUAGCAAGAGUCAGUGGUGCUUGUCUUGGCACUUUGGAAGAGGAAAACGGAAACCCACCAAACCAGCCAACCAGACAGAACAUUUACGUAAAGAAUGUAUUUUGUCUCUACAUUUUGGUAUAUAAGCCAUCAACAUUCAGCAGAAUGAUUUCUUGAAAAGUUUAAAAUGGAGGAAAAUAGCAAACUUACACAGGUUGUUGGCCUAGGGCGUUAAAUUUACAGAUUUUUUUUUAAAAUGAGAAAAACACACAAAAAAAGCUACCUCAGGUGUUUUUACCUCAGCACCGCGCUCUUGUGUUUCCCUUAGAGAUUUUGUAAAACUGAGAGUUGGAGCAUUUUUUAUUUUUUUAAUAAAAAUGAGUUGAAAAUAAAAAAAGAUAUCAACUGCCAACCUGGAGAAGGCAACAGCCCGUGUGUGCAACAGCUGUUCUGAACCGUCUUCCGCUAGCCAAGAACCUACAUGGCCUUGUGGACAAGCCUUGAAAAUGUUUAUUUUUAAAAAUGACGAAAGAACAGAGAACAUUUGAGAUGGCCUGAAUUUCAGUAGGGUAUGCGCCAUUAGGGCUUUUUGUGCUAAAGGACGAACAAACAGGUGCUGGUUUAUGUGAAGAAGCCUUUACACCACCAGACUGCAAUGCCAGUUUCCUCUACUGCAAACAGUGUUCUGUGACAAAAAAAA